UCGAAAUAUAUUAUUUAUAAACUUUAACUAGUUCUUGUGAUUUAUAUUGUUGUAGCUUUUGGUAAUUAAAUAUUGUUUGUUGUCUGCAAAACAGUUCAGCGGUUUUUCCAACACUUUUAUUUAUGCUACGUUAUUUGGGAAACAAGCGUGAUUCCCGAAAGCCGUCGUGACUAUUAUCGGACCGCCACGCGGCUUAUCUUCGAGUCCCCCUUCGUUUCUUACAAAUUUAAUGUGGGCACCUGCCGGCUGGCUAUCAAGGGGAGCCAAAAGUGGUCAAUAUCACGGUUUCUUGUUUUCAUUGCAGGCGGCCACACUCGAUUAUUUCACCGCGGGUAACUCUGUGGCGGUCGGCGGUGACGGCAAAUCAGUUUGUUGAACGCGCUCUCCUUGACUAGUGCAAGCGCAUGUUGUGUGAACGGUGAUAUCUGUUUUAGCACAAGUCAGUGGACCGAUAGGACAAGCAUGGUGUGUGAAAAAAGUGUCUUGCAAACAUGCGCAAAAAUUGUGAUAUAGGCUUAUGAAAGGAACCCGCGUCCACCAAAAUGUGGGGCCGAGCGAUGCUGCUCGUGCUGGUAACGUCGCUUUGGCUAACAUCAACGAAUGCCCUUCAAGAAGCAGAAGACAGUCAGUUGAAGGUCGGAAAAUCGAUAGAUCUCUUCACAAGAUACGGGUAUCUCACUUUAUCCAUGAAGGUGAUUUCAAGGAACGAAACCGACUGGAUCUUCAGGGAACCAACAAUAGACAUAUUUGCGGAUGUCGAGAGGUUCGCCACGAAUCCGGAACGAGUACCAAAAAGGCAGAGGCGAGUAUUCGAAGGAGACUUUCACAUGGAGUUCUGCGACAACGUAGGGCAGUUAGUUCAAGCUUAUUUCAGAGAUUUCACGUUCGAAAAACUCGAUCAACCUUGGAAAGCCUUCACCUCCUCUUGGACGACCGAAACCAUCGGGAGGAACCUUGGGAUCAACGGAUCCUUUAUUGCCAAAGAACAUUGUUAUGUGUUAGUGCGGUUAUCUCGCUUUCGCGAUGUCGUUAAGCUCCAAAGGCUGCCGAACAACGUGUUCGUGCUGGACCAAGCGGCCAAAGAAAUAGACAACAUUAAAAUUGGUGAUGUCAAUAGUGUACUCACGUUCAUCAAGAAGUAUGGAUCUCAUUAUAUUAACUCUUACGUCACGGGGAAUUCCUUAUAUCAAGUAUUCGUCUUCAAUAAAACCAACUAUCAACAAAUGAAAGAACGAUUAAAAAAGCAGGGAAUUGCGCAAAUAAGUAAUUUAGAAUUGGGCCAUUACUUCAGUCCAUGGUACGCUGAGCACAUGGGCACUAUAAAAGUUGCCAGCGGAAACCGUUCAGUGGCUAACUGGACCUUGUACAAACUGAGAUACAAUUAUUCUAUUUUUAGUUAUCCGUCGUUACUUAAAAUUCAUGGGGAUCCAAGGCUACUCGGCAGAUUAAACUCCCUGUUGGGCAACGAAGCCAUCCUAGAAAUGCAACUGAAGACUUUAGCGCCUGCUUUCAAGGAUCCUUUGAAGAGACAAUGGUUCGAAGAAGUAUUAGACAAUUUCGUAAAAUUGUGGGAAACCAAUUUAUAGUGUUGGUGAUCUUCAAAAUAAUAAAUUCCCACUCAAACAAUGUUCCAGCGCAAAUUAAAAAGAAGCUAGUUCUAUUCUUUCUGCGCCAGUCAAUGAGAGCAAGAACAGGAUAUUACCUCCGAGUUCUAUCCUACUGCGUGUUCUCACCCCUUCUCGGGGGUGGAAAAUUUUUUGGUCAAAAUAACCAAGGAAGUAACUAGUGAAUCCAAUUCUAAGAAAAAACUGUUCCGUAAUUUAUUCUUGAAAACUCAAUAUUUUUUGAGUUAUUCGUGGUUGAAGAUUGGUCAUUCUAAUUGAAACAUGUCCGGACGGUUUUUUGCGAGUAGCUUAAAAACUAUGCAUCUAACUAAAAAAACUAUAUAAAACAUUUUCGUAGCUUAUAAAAAUCAAAUAGAUUCGUUCCUUCUAUUUAUCUAAAUCUUUUAUUUGUAAUACAAAAGGAGAUAAGGUAGGUUAAAAAAGUUUGUUUUUUGGUGCAUGCUCAAAUCGGUAUAUUCAACUUGAAAUAAUAGAGAAACGGUCGCUUUUAUGUGUAUAAUGAUACCAAUACCUUUUAUAGUGCUUCAAAAGGCCUUUAAAAUGAGCAAUAUUAAAUGUCGUUUACAUUCAAACUAAGCGUGAUAUGCGGCAAAAAAUUUGAUGUCUAACGUAUUUUAAGAAAAAAUGAGAAGUGUAUUUAACCCCUCACCCACCAGAAUUUACCUGCAUCGUUUUCCUUCUGCAAUAACUUUUAUUAUAGUGCUAUUUCUGUGUUCAAAAAGUUGGACGGUUUUAAACUGAACGGUUUGUGAAAAAAAACAAGAUUAAAUUAUAGAGCGCAUUUUUAAAUUUUCUUAAAAAUCUUCCUUUUCUUUUCAGUAAUAAAAAACAAAAACAAAAUUUUUAUCAAAAUCAAUGGGAAAAUCACAGAAAAAUUUGUAUCUACAAAAACCCUACAUUUUUGUAUGGUAUCUUUUUUUCGUAUCUCUUAUCAUUUUAGAGUUACAUGGAGAAAAAGGAAGAUUUAUAAGAAAAUUUAAAAAUGCGCUCUAUAAUUUGAUUUUAUUUUUUUCAAAAAUCAUUAAUUUUAAACGCGUCCAACUUUUUGAACAUAGAAGUAACAUUAUACUAAAAGGCUUUGUUGAAGGAAAACGAUGCAUUUAAAUUCUGGUGGAUGAGGAGUUAAAUAUACUUCUCAUUUUUUCUUAAGUCAUCAAUUUUUUGCAUCAUAUCUCGCUUAGUUUGAAUGUAAUCGACAUUUAAUAUUGCUCAUUUUAAAGGUUUUUUAUGUACUAAAACAGGUAUUGGUAGCAUUAUACACCUAAAAUCGACCGUUUCUCUAUUAUUUCAAGUUGAAUACACCGAUUUGAGGAUGCACAAAAAAAUCAAACUCUUUUCACGUAUCAUAUCUCUUUUUGUUUUAUAACUAGAAGAUAUGUGAAAGAACGAAUCUCUUUGUUUUUUUUUAUAAGCUACAAAAUGUUAGAUACAGUUUUUUUAGUUAGAUGCACAGUUUUUAAGUUAUUCGCAAAAACCGUUCGAAAACGUGUAAUGUUUCAAUGAAAAUGGCCUAUUUUCAACUACCAAUAACUCAAAAAGUAUUGAGUUUUCAAAAAAAAAAUAUAAGUAGUACAAUUUUUGCUUAGAAUAAGAUUAUAUUUUAUAGCCACUUCCGUGGUUAUUUUAACCAAAAAAUUUCCAUCUCCGAGAAGGGGUGGGAACCGCCCCAAGAUAAAAGCGCCCUAGUAUAUAGGGUAGACUUUGUUUCUUGAGCUAUUCCGUACUUACUGUGAAAAUAUCAAGUAAAUCGAUGUAGUAGGAUGGAAUUCGGAGCCAAAUACCCUCGUUGACAGCCCUAUUCAUGAAAUAUGGCUUUUAAGAAUGUGAUUAAAAAAGUGUUUCCUGGAACGACUGUAAAAUGUCACUCUUCAAUUGUAACAAGACAAUUAUUAUACGAAACUGUCAGAUUACAAAUAGGUAGGUAUCUGGUAUUUAUCUGUGAUCAUUAUGGACGACUAUUUAAUAAUAAUUUAUCAAGAAGUAUGAAGUAUGUACAAAGAUUCCCUACUCAAUUUUAAUAAAUAAUAAUUUAUUA